AGUAUAUUGAUGAAUGUUUCUCAUUAAAAGACAAGAACGAAGAAAAUAUUUAACAUGAUGGAAGAAGUAGAAUGAGUUGGUAUAUAAAGAUUAAGUUUGGUCAAUUAAAUGCUGUAUUACAAAGCAUGCUAAGAACAACUAUCGAUUCACCACAACAUAAGAGAGUUCUUCGAAUGAAGGACAACUGGGAAGAUGAUUCUUCGUUAUCUACUGUUUAUGGAACUUACAAAACGAAUGAAAAUCUUAUCAAAUUAAAAAGAGUCAAACAAAUCCAUUUGGAAUUGAUGAAAUGUGCCAGAAUCAUAAAUGAUGCUUAUGGAUUACAAAUUUUUAUAUCCAUAUUUACAUCAACCCUAUAUAUCACGACAUUGUUAUAUAAUUUCUACGCUAUCUUAAUAACAAACAAGUAUAACAAUUGGAUAAAACUGUUAUACAUGCAUUUCUCUUGGGUUUUUUAUUUUGGCAUCAUGAUUUCCACAAAAGCGUACAUAUGUGAGACUACAAUUAAAGAAGUAUGUUCUUUUCAACAAUUUUUAUUUUUUUUUUUUGUUUAA